AUGAUGGGAUCUGUAGGCCUGAAAGGGCCUGGUGCAGCCGCUGCGAUUGCUCGUCAGCGGAUGACUGCCAUGUCCCGUUCUUCUCGAUCCAUUUCCACCGUCCGCUCUCAAACCCUGCGCCUUCCUGGCCAACGGGGUCAAUUGAAGUCCGUACUGUCCGGAAAUGCAUCAUGGCGCAUGGCACCAGCCGUUGUCGGUCCGGCUGCAAUCCGAUUUAACUCCACCUCCUCUGGCCCAACACCCGCCGAAAUCAUCCCCGAUCGCCUUCCAGCCGAUCAAUUGACUGAUGUACCAAAUGUCUACGAUAUUACUACUAUCCCAGAGCGUAUCGGAUAUUUGCACGACCUUGGUCUGGACUACGGCUGGGGCCCGGCGGCGAUAAUGCAGUAUGUGAUUGAGCACGUCCACAUUUGGAGUGGCAUGCCAUGGUGGGCCAGUAUCGUGGCUGUCGGUGUUAUGAGUCGUGCGGUACUGUUCAAGGCAGUCAUGAACGCCUCUGAGAAUGCCGCCAGGAUGAACAACAUUAAAGACAAGGUCGACCCGCUCCGGAAAAGAAUGAUCGAGCUUGGACGUGAGGGCAAUCAGCAAGAGACGCAGGUCGUCAGAGCCCAACUGGCGGAAAUUAACAAGCAGCACGGUAUCACUAUGUGGAGAUCGUUGAUUCCUAUGUUGCAAAUGCCAAUUGGUUUCGGAAUGUUCCGAGUCGUGCGAGGUAUGACCUCUUUGCCAGUGCCGGCCCUGGCAACUGAAACGGUGGCUUGGCUCAACGACCUCACUAUCGCCGAUCCGACUUACACCUUGCCAAUCAUCGCUUCCGUGGCCCUGGGUUUGACCCUCAAAAGAGGAGGCGAGACUGGCGCAAUGCCCAUGAUGGAGUCCUCUGCUGGAAAGGCCAUCAUGUAUGGUCUUCCUGCCAUUUCCUUCACCUUUAUGGCCUUCAUGCCUAGUGCCCUCCAGCUUUACUUUGUGGCAACAGGUAUUUUCGGUCUGGGUCAAACAUAUGUGAUCAACUCAACCUCGUUCCGUAAUUUGACCGGCAUGACGAAUUUCAAAAAGACUGGGGCCACCAAGCUGGAAAUCAACUCGGACAUCCGUAGCAAGGGUCUCCGUGCUGCGUUGCUGCGGGUCGAGGAAGAGAAGGCUGCGCAGCGGAAAGCACGCGAGCAAAUCUCUCAGCAGCCCCUGGAGGGUGGCGCCGCGAAGAUCAGCUGGAUCGACAGCGUCAUGAACAAGGGCAAGGAUCUCGGCAAAAAUGUGUCUAAGGAGAUUUCCGAGAAGUUCGGGACCUCAACCCUCGAGGAACGCCAGCUCAAGGAGCAAAAGAAGCGUGCAGGUGAAUACGAAGGUGAACGCAAACUCGAAGAUGAUGCCAAGCGGGCUGAGCGCAACGAGAUCCGCCGAAAGGAGCAUUUGAAAAUUCUCGAGAAGGAGAGAAACAAGGCCAGCCAGUCUUUGAAGAAGGAUAAUCGUCAGCGUGGCCCUCGACGGGGUUGA